AUGAAGCGUAAAUUCUCUUUUAAUUUGGCGCCGGUGAAGAUCGUUUCCAAGACAGAGCCUGUGGCGGCCACCCCACAAUCCAAGCCAACAGAGCCAACCCCUCCCCCGUCCGCAUCACAUUCCCACAAAACACACGCCUCCAGGGACAGCAUAUGCGACAACUCGCCCUUCAUCUGCCGUCGUCCCCUGGAUGCGCAUACGGAACAGGAACUUCGCCUGGCAUGCCGCGCCAUUCUGCAAAACUUCAAGCCCUCCGACCAUGGCAUGGAAGACACGGACCCAAAGCUAGACUUUGGAGGCCUGCAAAGACGGCAAGAAAGCAAGUCACGGGCUACCGAGGUCAGGGUGCGUGCUCCAAUGGGAGUCCCUGCAGACCUGCAAAAGACAAGCUCCUUGCAUAGGAGCAAGACGAGGACGAGAGCAAAGGCCGAUCUAGAGAUCAAGGCACGGACACAGCAGAGUGAACUCCCUGUACGGGCAAACAGCAGUCGCAGGCGCGGAGACUUUGCCUGGCUGGAUGAACGGGAUGAUAAGAGGGAAGAGAAGCUCAAGACAUAUGGCAAGCCGUCCAUAGACAUGCCUAGGUCUGGAGUGGCACUCUAUGACUCGUCUAAUGAAGACAUCACCCUGCCAGUCACGGUCCCAUCGACGCUUGCUAAUGCAAAGGUCUCCUCCGCAGCCGCCAACUCGGCGACGCGACCUGGAGGAAAGAGCUCAAACCGGAGAUCACAAUCAGAGGAUCCUGCGGCCAUUGCCGACGCACAGGCUUCAGAAUGGAUGGCAAAGGAGUUGGAGAAGAAGAGACGCCAGGAAGCAUCACAGCCCCAGGCUCGACCUUCGACUGCCGUCAAUCCUCCGAGUCGCUCGAAGAGCAUCAAGGAGAACAUCAAGGGUUACGUCUUCCCCGGCAAUCGUAGUCGGGCCAUCAGUCGGGCCCAGUCCAAAGAGUCACUCAGGCAAGCAGAGGGAGGCGACGAUCAAGACCUCCAACGCAGUGGCUCAUGGCGAAAAUGGACCAUGCCUCGCAGGUCGAGCUCAAAGAGCAGGCCUGGAACGUCGGCUGGACCAACAGAAGAUGGCGACCAGUCCGCAAGGCCAGACUCUGGACAAGUCAAUCUCAACCGAGAGCUACCACCUCUCCCCGGCCUUGACCAAUGGAAAGAGCCCGCGGCCGCCACAGAAGACAAAGCCGCCUCCUCCAAACCACCCAUUCCCGAAAGCCACAUUGCAAACAUGAUGCGUCCCCAAGACGCAGUUCCGGACCGCUCCCCCGCCACGCACAAACAACACCGCAAAAGCGGUUCCGACACCCUUCUCACGCAAUACGCAAACGCCCACCCUCCCCGUGGCUCAUCCCGCCACCUCCAAGACACAGCCCAAUCCCCCCGCCGCGCACCCCCACCCGGCCCGGACACCACACACUCUCUCAUCAGCAGCCUCUCCUCCAGCACCCACACGCGCCACCGCAGCGGCGACAGCCUCACCACCCCCGGCACCGCAAGUCUCGACGCCGGCCCCUUGUCCCGCAAAUCGAGCGUCGACGUUACUUCAGCACUACACCCCACCCACACCCACACCGUCUCCGUCUCCGUCGCCGCCGAGCCCAAAUCAGCGUCCAAGAAGGACGAGCAGCGCUCCCGCCUCAAAAAGGUGUUUACCGGGUGGAUGUCGCGCAAGGAGAAGAAGGAGGAUUGGGUGCAGAGUAAACUUGACAAGGAGGGGCGAGGGGCCGAGCGUGUCUUGGUGCAGGAUGGUAAUUCUUCAGCGGUGGCGGCGGCAACAGGUACGGCUAAUGCGACGGCGAGUCCGGUGGUGAGGUAUUGA